GAACAACUAAGCGGAAUUAGUAGCGUUGUGUUUUGGUCGAGGAGGGCUGUGUUUUCUACUGUCUGAAUAAGUUUCGCAGUAAGUGCGAAUUGCAAACAUGUGGCAUCGAAGGUUAGCAGUCUUUCUUCUUGUCCUGACCUUAGGGUUCGUGAAGUCCAGAAACCGUGAAGAACAUGGUAAUUUCAAUAAAAACCAAGAAAAUCAUUUCCUCAGAACUAGUUUUGAAGGCGGAUAUACCAUGGAACUUGGGAAAGAAAAUCCUUGUGAUGCUGUGACAUGUGGAGUGGGUCGACAGUGUGAAGUAAGCGACGCAGGCCAAGCGGUGUGUAUUUGUCGACUGUAUUGCAAGCAUCACAAUAAACCCGUGUGUGGCACGGACGGGAAUUUCUACAACAGUCAUUGUGAGUUACAUCGAGCAGCUUGUCUCGAAGAUAAAAUUAUCCGAAUCGAUCACAAAAGAGGGUGUUUGAAGAAAAGAGGAUCACAGGAAACAACAACAGAAGAGCACAGAUAUACCACAUCUCAGAUGAACAGGACAGACACCCCUGUUCUAUGGACUAAUUUACCGAAACCAGAACUUAAAGUCUCCACUACAACCAAAGAGCCUGAAACAACAGUUAGAGAAUGUGUCCAACAGGAAUACGACUUCAUGAAGGAAAAUAUUUUAUUAUUUAACAAUGAUGAACUAAUGGAUAACAAAAAAUCGGGAAGGGGAAAUGAGUACCUUGUCAGCAUCAUGUUCUCUCACUAUGAUCAAAACAAUAAUGGAUAUUUAGAAGCUGAAGAAUUGUGGCAAGCUGGUGAACGAGAUCAUCUUGGCCACCUGUCCACUGUUUGCAUACUGGCAGACAUGUUGCUUUAUGAUGACACAAAUCACGAUGGCAAAUUGGAUAUCAAUGAGUUUUAUCUUGCCUUUAGUAAGUUAUACAGUGUCUCUGUUGUAUCUUUGGAUAAAUCACUUGAAGUCAACCAUGUAAUGGCUCGUGUUGGAGAUAAUGUGGAGAUUAAGUGUGAUGUCAGUGGAACCCCACCCCCUCCUAUUGUGUGGGAAAGGAAUAAUCUUGAUCUCUCAAUACUCAAUGAAGAUGAAAUAAAGGUUUUUGUGGAUGGUUCCCUGUACUUGACCAAUGUUCAACUAGUACAUGGAGGAAAUUACACAUGCUAUGCUCAAAGGAACAGAGACAUUUUCCAGACUCAUGUACUGCAUGUCCAAACUCUACCAGAGGUUCACGUCAUCCCUAAACUUCAGUCUCGUUCUCCUGGAGAACUGGCUGAAAUGGAGUGUCAUGUGGCUGGUGUACCUACUCCAAAGGUCUCCUGGCUGAAGAACGAUGAUGAAUUGAAAAUGGGAGCCAACAAAUACACUAUUGUGGGUAAUGGGACUGCCCUACUGGUUGGCAAGGUAACAUACAGUGAUACUGGAGCAUACAUGUGUGUGGCCUCCAACCCAGCUGGAUCAAUGAGGGACAUAAGCUCACUGGUUGUUCAAGAUCAACCUACUCCAACUGCUCCAUUUGAAGAAAAACGUUUCUUUGUUUUCCAUGACUGGGGUGUAUCUGUUUAUGAUCCAGAAAACUGUAGGCUCUACCACCAGAUACAGAGUACAGAUAUAAUUCCUGGUACUCAGGAAUAUGUAUGUGGUGACCGAGGCAUUAACUGUUCUUGGGGAAGCGCUAUAAAUGUGGCAAACCGUUAUGUUUAUGUCUCUCAGCCAACUAAAGACAGAAUUUUAAUCAUCUCAAGAGUUCAGAUGGUGGUUGUAGAUGUGGUUGUCACAGAUAAAUAUCCAGUAGAUGUGCAUUAUGUUCCCCACCUUGACCAAGUUUGGCUUACUUGCUGGAGAGGUCCAGAGGACCAAGGAUCCAAAACAAUCCAAAUUAUUCGUGAUGCCAGUCAAAAGAGGAAACACCAUACUGUUCACCCUGAACCUGUAGAUGGUCACUUUGACUUAGUGAAUGAAUUAUUCAUCCCUCUCACCCAAGAACUUCAACAUCCAUGGAAGUAUGGCUUUGUAGUUCAUACCAAUCAGCGUGGAAUGUACAAACUACACCUAAAAGGGAUGAAAUAUGUGAAAACUGUAGACUUAACUCCUUACAACUGUGAACCUCACAAUGCAGCUUUUGCUGCUUUUGGAGGCUACGUUGUUUUGGAAUGCAUUGAACCGAUCACCCAUCGACCUACAGGGCAGCUUGUAUUGGACUAUCUCACUGAUACUGUCAUAUCCCAUAAGAUUAACCUGUUUGGUCAACCUCAUAUUUCUCCAGACUCUCGCUAUGUUGUGACUUUAGAAAGAACCAACACUAGUGUCAUAAUGAUUGCCCAAGAAGUAACAGAACAAGGCUUACAGUUUCUAUUUGAUGUGAGGACAACUCUCCAUAUCAGUGACAUCACCUACUUUCCAUCACGUACCACACAAAGCUAUGACUUGUAUGCCAGUUCCUCUAAUAAGGAAGACAUCUUGUUCGUUGACCUUGCCAAUGGGAAGGUGGAAAUGAUCACUGGUAUUGGACAAGCAAUGGACCCAGGUGUAGCAGAAUGGAAGAACACAAAUCGACCAAUGUCCAGUGCAGGCAUCUUUGGCACAUACAUGGUGACCACUGCCAAUGAAGCAAUCUUUGUAGUGAAUGGUAAAACAAGAACAGUGAACUGUGAAAUUGGAAGUAUUGUCCAUCCUAGAAUGGUGGUUUGGGUGAAGUCACCUUGAAAUCACUUGCAGAUGGGGUGAUUUUUUUUCAUUUUAAAUAAGAUAUACCUGUCUACUUAACCUAGCAGGACCUGCUGACAACAAUUGUUUUGGCAAAAUUUCUAGAUAAAAUAUCAUUUACAUAAAAUAGUAUGUGAUAAAUUUUUUCUGUCUUUAAUGCUUCAGUUUAUAUUCACAAAGAUGCAAGCCCAGUAAUGGGAAAACUGAAAUACUUUCAGGAGCAGGUUACACAACUGAAGCUGUUUACCUUUGGAAUCAAUAUUUUAUGUAUUUCAGUUUACAAAUUAUUAAAAAGAAAGAAAUCUGGUCAGAAGUUUCUAAUCUGUAAAAAUGCUGUGCAUGUAUGUUAAUAUUUUGAUUAUUAGUGACAGUUUCUUUUUAAUACAUGUAGAUGUAGUCAUUUUUGAAAUUUCAUCAUAAUGAAUCAGGCUUUAAGGAAAAUAAAAACUAGAAAACCUUAUGUAAAGUUACAUAUAAGGCAUAGAUGGCUUUUCCAUAUAGAUGACAAUUGUCAGACUGAUAUAAGCACUUAUGUUUUUAGAAUGUGUGAAACAAUAUAAUAUCAAACAUAAGAUGGCAAUAUAACUUUGUCUAAAGAAAAAUAAUAUUUUGUUUGCUAUUUGUAUAAGUAUCUUUACAUUCUAGAUAACAUAUUUCAACAUUUUGUAUAAAUGCUGUUGCUUUGUAACAUUCACAGUAAGAAAAGCUUGUACGUUUAUCAACAUUUAUGUUUUGGCUGUUAAAGUUAAAUAUGUUAUAUAAUAUCCUUUUUAUUUGUAGUUUGAACAGUUGUCAGAGAUGAGAAAAAUUACAUAUGGGUAUAUUGUAGUCUACAAUGUUGCCUCAUUUUCAUACAUAUCUGGUUUAAGUCUCUCCUAGAAUACUUUGUUCAUAUAUAUGCCAUAACAUUUCUCUUUUCUAACACAAGUUUUCUAAUACAUCUAUAUAAUAUGAAGUGAACACCAACACCCAUGUACACUUAAAUUUAUAGUCAAAUAUGGUAAGAUUAUUAUUCAUGUUGAAGAAUUUUGUAUUUCUAAGGAAAGUACUGUUAUUCUUUUUUUUGUUUUAACUUUGAGCCAUUUAGUUUUAAAUAUGGGGAUAUUGUGCAUUUUCUACAUCCGCUUUCUGAGUUAAGUUGAUAUGGUAAUUUGAAUUACAUCUUAUGUGGUAUUAAAUAACCUCCUGUUUACACGGUACUUUCACAUUUUUAGGCAUUUCCUAAGAAUAUGGCCUGAUUUACUUUAAAAAAGUUCUUUAGAAAGUUAAUUUCAGGAUGAUAACGUGAUAUGGACUUAGAAGAGUAGUAUGAUAAUUUCUGUUAAUUGAUAAACUAGGUUACUUUACUGUUUAAUUUAUAUGUGAUAUAAGUAAAAGUGGUAGUUUGUAGCUGUUUUGUAUGUCCAUGAAGCACAUAUAGGUUUAGUUAUAAACUUAAAAAUGUUAUAAAAAUAAAAAAUAGAGCUAAAUGUAUAUAGCAGUGUUGUCAGUAUGUCAAUGCUUUGUCCAUAGCUCAAAGAAAAAGCGUGACAUCAGUCAAAGAGGCUUGAAUCUGUGGAGUUGAGCCUGCAGUAAUGUGCAAUUUUGUUUUUAUCUAGAUAUUCAAAUUUUGAUAUUUUCUUGCUAGUUUUUGUGGCUCCUGAAUUAAAAAGUAUACAGUAAAGUGUAUCUUAAUAAAUGACAUCCACUUCCCUUGCCUUAAGUUCACUCAUACUCAGAAGCAAUGUAUCCUUAAACUGUUAGUUACAAUUACAUCUAGUUACUCUGUACAUCAAAUAAAACAAACUCCGAAAAAGGUUUGAAACUGAUCACUUAAAGCAAUUAAUUAAAUAUUUCAUAUACUUUAUACACAUAUUUGUUAUUUAUAUUAUUCUUUUUAAAUGCUGCAUUACUUCAACAAAAAUUGGUAAACCUGAAGAAUUAGUAAUGAGGAUUGUUUGGCACCAAAAGUGGCUAACAUCAGUGCACAGUAGGGGACUGAAAUGUACAUUAGGUGAAAUUAGUGGAAUUUUGACUUAUAAAUUGAUUAUCAACUACUGUUUAAAUGUUCUUGAGAAAAACACUGUUUUAUGGACUCCCAUGAUACCAGUAUGAUUCUGCCAAGAUCAUUCGUUUCUGUAUGUCAGAAGUGUUGAAAUAAUCAUUUGGUAAGUGUUAUAAAUACACUGCUUUACAUUCUGCAUGUGUUUUGAAAAGUAAGAGAUAACAUUUCAUUUAUUUUUAGCUUGAAUUUUACUACAUAAGGAACUUGGUAUGCAUCUUUAUAUUUGAAGAUGUGUUUGUAUUAAAUGUAGUGUUCAUUUGUAAAGUUAACCUAUUAUAAAAAAGUAAAAUAAACAACAGUAUACCUACAGUACUUAAUUAUUGAUAAUAAUAAUAAAUUGAUUGUAUGCAAUUAAGAAAAUUCUUGAAAUUCAUAAAAUAAUAAAUAUUAACAUGAAACUUGACUAACAGUAAUUUUCAUUUAGAUAAUUUGCAAUUCCAAGGAAUGUGGAAAUAAACUGAACAUGUUAGCUAUACGUACUAAGCCAGAUACAUGUUUUACAUAAUAUAGAUAUUACCCAAGCAAUCUAUGUGUGAUUCAUUGAAGUACUUCAUGUUGUUUUCAAAAUUAAAAUGUUUAAUAAUAAAGUAAUGCAAUGCAGGGUUAAUGUCUAAAGAUAAAGGCUAGUGUAGAGGCUUAAUACUGUCUAAAAUGUUAUGUGAGUGAACAUUAGUUUUUGUUCAAAACUGUCACAAAUAAAAUUACUUAAUCUUUCUCAUGAGAUUUAAAAUGAUUCCUUGAAAACAUAAAUUCUCCAUAAUAUUGGACCAACUUCUUAUUGAUAUGUCAUUCUCAGUUUUUCAAGAAAUAAGCUGAGAGAAUGUAAGAUACAAAAAUUGGUGUGAUUUUAUUAUUUCCUAUGGCACUGUAAGUUGGAUCCAAAAUAUUACAAUAAAGCUGGUCUUUCCAAAAACA